AGUGCAUCAGGAGAUUUAAUGAUUAGAAACAUCCAGCUGAAACACAGUGGAAAAUACGUUUGUAUGGUGAAGACAGAAGUGGAUAGUGUAGCAUCUGCAGCGGACCUUAUCGUACGAGGCUCACCUGGGCCUCCUGAACAUGUGAAAGUGGAUGAAAUAACUGAUACCACGGCUCAGAUCUCCUGGCAAGAAGGCACAGAUAAUCACAGCCCAGUAACCACUUACACCAUACAAGCAAGGACACCCUUCUCUGUAGGCUGGCAGCGAGUUACAACAGUUCCAGAUGUGAUCGAUGGAAAAACAUUCACAACCACAGUAGUGGAUUUAAAUCCUUGGGUUGAAUAUGAAUUUCGUGUAGUUGCCAGUAACAAAAUCGGGGGUGGAGAACCUAGCUUACCCUCAGAAAAAGUAAGAACUGAAGAGGCAGUUCCUGAAAUUCCCCCAUCUGAAGUCAGUGGGGGAGGAGGCAGCAGGUCUGAACUGGUCAUAACAUGGGAUCCCAUCCCUGAAGAAUUACAAAAUGGAGAAGGAUUUGGCUAUGUUGUUGCUUUCCGCCCCUUUGGCACCACCACAUGGAUACAGACUGUGGUCACCUCUCCAGACACACCGAGAUACGUCUUUAGGAAUGAAAGCAUCUUGCCCUUUUCGCCAUAUGAAGUCAAAGUUGGUGUCUAUAACAAUAAAGGAGAAGGGCCAUUUAGUUCAGUAACCACAGUUUUUUCAGCGGAAGAAGAGCCUAGCAUAGCACCCUCCGGUGUAUCUGCGAUGAGUCUGUCGUCCUCUGUCAUCGAGGUCUCCUGGACGCCCAUUCCCUGGAAAAUGAGUAGUGGAAGGUUACUGGGCUACGAGGUUAGGUACUGGAAUAAUGGUGGAAAAGAAGAAUCUUCAAACAGAGUAAAAGCUGCAGGGAAUGAGACAUCAAUAAGAAUAACAGGUUUGAAGAGCAACUUAGCAUAUUACACAGCUGUCCGUGCUUAUAACAGUGCUGGAGCAGGUCCCUUUAGUGCCACAGUAAAUGCUACCACAAAGAAGACACCACCCAGUCAACCGCCAGGGAACGUCGUGUGGAAUGUCACAGACUCCAGAGUCAUCCUCAGCUGGGAGGAAGUAAGAGCUAUGGAGAACGAGUCCGAGGUGACUGGGUAUAAGGUUUUGUACAGGACCAGCAGCCAGACUAAUAUGAACGUGCUGAACACGGACAAGACAACUGCUGAACUUCUGCUUCAGCUGAACGAAGAUUACGUUAUAGAAGUAAAAGCAACAACUGAUGGCGGAGAUGGCACCAGCAGUGAGCAGAUCCUGAUUCCCAGACUGGCUAGUAUGGAUGCAAGAGGUUCUGGUCCAUCAGUCUUGAAUAUCUUCAGUGUAUCCGGCUUCUUACCAACAAUAUUUUCCUUGACUCUUAAUUCAGUGUUGUGA